AUGAGCACGGAGCCGGCAGCAAUGGGGCCUGGAGCUUCGGGAAAUGCCGGCAGGACUGCGACAGCUCCACGCUCGGCGCUGGGUUCCGGAGUCAGCCUGCACGCCUACGACAUCGGGGUCCUGGUGAUGUACUUUGUCUUCGUCAUCGCCGUGGGGGUCUGGUCGUCCUACCGUGCAAGCCGAGGGACCAUUGGCGGCUAUUUCCUGGCAGGGAGGUCCAUGAGCUGGUGGCCGAUCGGAGCAUCUCUGAUGUCCAGCAAUGUGGGCAGCGGCUUGUUCAUGGGCCUGGCUGGGACAGGGGCUACUGGAGGCCUUGCUGUGGGUGGCUUCGAGUGGAACAUGAGGAAACCAAGGCCUGGAGGAGGCAGAGGGACUCAUCAGAAGUCACACAGGACUGAGAUCAGGUCCCUGGCAACCUGGAUGCUUCUGGCCCUUGGCUGGAUCUUUGUCCCUGUGUACAUCGCAGCCGGUGUGGUCACAAUGCCUCAGUACCUGAAGAAGCGAUUCGGGGGCCAGAGGAUCCAGGUGUACAUGUCUGUCCUGUCUCUCAUCCUCUACAUCUUCACCAAGGUUUCAACUGACAUCUUCUCUGGAGCCAUCUUCAUCCAGGUGGCCCUGGGCUGGGACCUUUACCUCUCCACGGCGAUCCUGCUGGUGGUGACGGCUGUCUACACCAUUGCAGGGGGUCUCACGGCCGUGAUCUACACAGACGCUCUGCAGACGGUGAUCAUGGUGGGGGGAGCCCUGGUCCUCAUGUUUCUGGGCUUUCAGGAGGUGGGCUGGUACCCAGGCCUGGAGCAGCGGUACAGGCAGGCCAUCCCUAAUGCCACAGUCCCCAAUACCACCUGUCACCUCCCUCGGCCCGACGCCUUUCACAUGCUCCGGGACCCUGUGAGCGGGGACAUCCCUUGGCCAGGGCUCAUCUUUGGGCUCACGGUGCUAGCCAUCUGGUGCUGGUGCACGGACCAGGUCAUUGUGCAGAGGUCUCUCUCUGCCAAGAGUCUGUCCCAUGCCAAGGGAGGCUCAGUGCUGGGGGGCUACCUGAAGAUCUUGCCCAUGUUCUUCAUCAUCAUGCCUGGUAUGAUCAGUCGGGCCCUGUACCCAGAUGAGGUGGGCUGCGUGGACCCCGAUGUCUGCCAAAGAGUCUGCGGGGCCCGAGUGGGAUGUUCCAACAUCGCCUACCCCAAGCUGGUCAUGGGUCUCAUGCCCGUUGGUCUGCGGGGCCUGAUGGUCGCUGUGAUCAUGGCCGCCCUCAUGAGCUCGCUCACCUCCAUCUUCAACAGCAGCAGCACCCUGUUCGCUGUUGACGUGUGGCAGCGCUUCCGCAGGAGGGCAACAGAGCAGGAGCUGAUGGUGGUGGGCAGAGUGUUUGUGGUGCUCCUGGUCGUCAUCAGCAUCCUCUGGAUCCCCCUCAUCCAAAGCUCCAACAGCGGGCAGCUCUUCGACUACAUCCAGUCUGUCACCAGCUACCUGGCCCCGCCCAUCACCGCUCUCUUCCUGCUGGCCAUCUUCUGCAAGAGGGUCACAGAGCCCGGAGCCUUCUGGGGCCUCAUGUUUGGCCUAGCAGUGGGCCUUGUGCGCAUGAUCCUGGAGUUCUCUUACCCAGCCCCAGCCUGUGGGGAUGUGGACCGGAGACCAGCUGUGCUGAAGGACUUCCACUACCUCUACUUUGCACUCCUCCUCUGUGGGCUCACUGCCAUCGUCAUUGUCACUGUCAGCCUCUUUACCACCCCCAUCCCUGAGGAAAAGCUCGCCCGCCUGACGUGGUGGACACGGAACUGCCCUGGCUCUGAGCUGGAGAAGGAGGCCCAUGAGGGCACACCAGGGAUAUCGGAGCUGCCAUCCCCCGAUGGGGAGUGCCCUGCAGGAGGCGGAGGGGCAGAGGACUCCAGCCAGGACUGCGAGCAGCCUGGAGCCCCACACAGGUCCUGGGGAAAGCUGCUCUGGGGCUGGUUCUGUGGGCUCUCCGGGGCCCCGGUGCAAGCCGUGAGCCCAGCGGAGACGGCCGUGCUAGAGCAGAAGCUGACCAGCAUCGAGGAGGAGCCACUCUGGAGAAGCAUCUGCAACGUCAAUGCCAUCCUCCUGCUGGCCAUCAAUGUCUUCCUCUGGGGCUACUUUGCCUGACUCUGCAGACCUGGCUUCAGCUGAGACAGAUUAAACACAGGCCGAGCCCAGCCAGACAGAGACAGGCUUUCCUCCCACCUUGCUGUGCAAACUGGAGACCACAGAGGCUGAAAGCUGCAAGAGCCCCUGAGGAACAUCUAAUCCAGCCUCCACACUGGACACUUGGAGAAAUGGAGGCCCAGAGUGAGCACUGGGUUUACUCAGAGCCACAUAGCAGGACUCACACUGGGUCUCUCUUUCCAUUACAUUGCCUACCUCAGAAACACUGUUUCUACCCUCUUGGUGAGCCUACUCAGAAACAUUUAUUACACGUGUGUUUUGAGGUUAAAAAAGUGGAGGAUAGGAGAAAAGCAGUGGCAAGAAUGUUGCGAAAGUCCAUGUGCAUCUUGGCUAACCCCCAUCCCUUCCUCUCCCUGUUCUCCUUCCCUACCUCUCUAGUUCCCGAUUCCCAGCCAUCUAUUCCUAGCAGACAUCCACCCAGGAGGGCCUUAUACUCCCACUGGCGGCUCCUCAAUGGUGGCUGUCAGACCCAAAGGAGUGAGGGACCCGGGUGGCAUGCAAGCAUAGUCACAGAUGGUGUUUUGGGCAGGGAGCUCUGGGCUAGGGGAUCUCCUUGGCACUACUCAAAUUCUGCCUUUUCUACUCUCACAUCCGAACACGUACAAAGUCUCCAUAGCCUUGAGGAACAGCACCCAGUUGGAGAGACAGGACUUGAUGAAAACAAGAGGUAUCAAGACAGGCUGCUCUGUGCUUGAGGGUAAGCCCUGCAGAGGGGCAGCCUAGGAGCCACUGCAGCUGGGCCUGUGCCCUUUGCCUGCCAGGCCUCUGCCCACCUGGGAAAACACCAUGACCCUGCUUAGGCGUCCCUCCUCCAGGAAGCUGCCUGAUGCCCCCCACUGGGUCAACUCCUGCUCCCACCCCCUCUGGACCUGCUUCUGUGGCAGCACUGAUCACUGUAGUGUGAUCUUUGUCUCUCUGACUAGACGGAGUCCUCCAAGGGGCAAGGACCAAGGACAAUGUCCGUUGUGACUUUGUACCCAGAAAGUAACAGGUAUUCAAUAAAUGUUGAAUUAGUAAUUCUCCAAGGUCCUGGUGGCCUUUGCACUGUGGCUGGAGGGUAGUGACCUGGGGAGUCAGCUGGUAGGGAGGAACCUCCUUCAGCUGGAGUUUACCCCCUGAGGCUCAGAAGUCUGGAAUGAAACCACAGCCCUGUCCCCUUGCCAAGGACAUGGGUGAGAAUGUCCCUUCCUUCUUCUAUCACCUUGUCUAGGCUGCCCCUCCUCUCAUUGGAUCCUCUUUAAUGCUGCCUUUGGUCAUCAUUUUAUACUAAUCACUCAUCAUAAUUGAAUACAAAUAAAAUUCUAGUUCUUUGAGGUUCAAAUACAGUGCAUUCUAUAAAUACCUCUUGUCACUGCUGCCUCCAACUUUCUGUGU